AUGGCGUACCAGCUCCCAGACGAUCUGAUCCGACAAGUCCAGCUGGCCACCAGAGCUGAAUCCGGGUUAUCCCAUUACGACCCGACCCAGAACCUCUCUCCCCUGCCUGCAAUCUCUGAAACAGUUGCAUCUUUCGACCCAUCACCGCCUUACCUACGCUGUAAAAACUGCAAAGGAAGGCUUCUCCGAGGGGUUCAGUCAGUUCUGUGUGUGUAUUGUGGCCGUCCCACUGAUAAUCUUCAUGACUCAAUUUGCUUUAAAGACUCUCUUGCUUAUGGCUGGUUGCUUGAGUCACUCCAGCUUGAUGGAUCAGAAAUUGUUGGACCACUCCUAGAAGAGAGUAUCAAAAGCAUCCAAGUCGGGAAAAAGUUAUCUACAAAAUGCGAAUUGCAAGAAACUAAUUCAGAAGACAACAACAAGAAGAAAAAACUUGAAGUAGGUUCUCCAAUAGUGUUCAUUGCUGCUCCAAAAGCCAUAAAAACAGCUACAGCUAUCCCUUGCCUUAGAGUUAAUACUGGUUUGGUCAAACCCGGUGAUGUUGGAAGGAUUGUAUCAAGGAAACCCAAGGAUGUAUGGGCUGUUCGCCUAAACAUUGGUACAUAUCUAAUAGAUGGCAAAUACUUCAAGGCUUUGGAGUUUGACGAGUGA